AUGAGAGCAACAGCCGCUAGUUCAACAGAGGACCGCCUCAACCGGGGACAGCUUCCUUCAGACGACGACCCGACGUCAUCCUCCGGCUCCUCAUCAUCAGAAAGCGAGAGCGAAGAAGAAGACAGUGAAGACGAGGAUGAGGAUAUGCAUGACGUUCAUGAGACUACGACUCCCGCUUCCGCGCCCUCAAUACCUCAUAUCGGUGGUCGCCCUAAGCCCAAUAUACAUCGCAUGGAAGGCGGCUCGGACCUUUUGUCGCGAUUGUCGAGCUUUUUGCCCAAGAUGAAGAAUGCGAAUGAGGAUUUGGAAAAAGAAAUUGCGGCCGGCAGGGGCCAAGAGAUGGUCUUGGAUUCUGUGGACGAUGACGGCAAGGAUUACAUUGAGAUGAACCUGGGACUAGGGGUUCUUGAGGAGAAACGUGGCGGUGAUGAAGACUCCUCCAGUGGCGAUGAGGGCGAUGAUGAGGGCCCCGACGGAAACUCGGCCAAAGACAAGGGAGAUUCGGACCUUCUUGGGCAGCUUAUGGGUGGAAUUACUUCGUCUGCGGAUAAACCGUCCAUCGAAGAGAUGGCGGACUAA